AUAAAGAGGAGGGAGGUCGAACAUGAGAAAUAACGUGGUGUCAAUAGCUGCCAUACUAACAAUAAAAAAAAGUAUAUGUUUAGUGGAGCUGUGGAUUAAUGUGUCUAUUCAGGAUGGGAGAGGGAGAAUGUAAUCGAUGGAAGUUCUCGUCCUGACAUUAAUCUCAUUACUAUUUCCUUUGCUAGUGUUGUAUCGCAUUCAUGUCUCAAGCCACUCGAUUAGAUCAGACAAUGCCUCAGGGUGCACCAGACUUGCCCAUUGAGGCUGCACUGCAGCAAGUCACGGCUGACCGUAACACUCUACGGUCCCAGAACGAUCAGCUCUGGAAGAUCAUUGAGAAGCAGCGUAUUAUCAUUCAAAAUUUGCAAAAGGAUAAUGCUAAACUCACUGCCGAGCGCGAUCUUUUCCGGCACGUCGCUGCUGAAAAUGAAAGCUAUAGAAACAGCGAUCUUCCGCAAUCUACUGCUCAUACUCAGAUGGAUAGUCAUCACCAAUCCUCCAAUAAGAGCUCUGACAGAAAGGCUCGAGAACAGGACACGUCCUCGACUAUACUAAAGCACAUAAGCACCGUUGACAAAGAUCUUAAAAUGCCCCCGCCCUCGCUAUCAUCAGCUCCUCAAGCACCAACAGAUACCGUGCAACCUCAAUCAGAGUUGCUUUCAGAACUGAAAGAGGAGGCACAAACACCCAAGGAGGCGAUACAGCCUGAAUCCUCUCCACUGGCUUUUUCCAAUGGUGACAGCGACCUGAAUGAUGAAAAUAACAGGGAUAAUCAAGAAGAAAACAGCCAGUCGUACAAGUCGUUGGAAGACGAAACAAGAUCACAAAAUAGGCUCGAUUCAGACACCCAAUUUGCUAAUGCUAUAGACCACUCACCCCAACAAAUACAGACUACGACUGCUUCGCCACCUAUGGGUGUUGACCGAGACACUCAAGUAACGCUCAAUACUUAUGGUCAGAUAGGGCAACUACAUUCACCAGCCUCAGGAAGCCCAACUAGUUUCCGAAAUGUGUCGGCCAAUCUGGCCUUUGGGCCUCUUUCGCCAGGCUUACCCUAUCUUCCGCCUCGAUCACCAAGGAGAGAGCGUAAAGAUAUUGAUACUUCAUCUUCGCCUGCUGUGUCAGAUAACGAGGACGACUCGCAACCUGUGUCCGAUAAGAAGAGCCCGGUGGCCAUGAGGAAAAAGAUUGAUCAAUCCUCAAUGUCACCCGAAGGAUCUCUUCAGUCAGAUCUAGAGGACAAAGACGUGCAGGUCAUGUCUGCAUCCAAGGUCUCGAUUAGAUCAGUGAAUGCUUAUGAAUCUACUGGAUCAUCCGGCAUAGAGCCAUAUGCUGAUACAGGUCCAUCAACUCGUAAAAACAUAUCAGCGCAAAUCCCACUUAUCCCACUCUCUACAACACAAUUACAAGGAGUACAGGAACACGUCCCUGUUAAUACUGCUGCAUCCUCUGCCACUUCAUCGCCUAUUGCCGCCAUCAUCGACCAAGAUGCCGAAAAGUUCAGGAUGUUUAUGAGCAAGCUCAGCAGCCCUAACCGCAAAAAUGUUUCUGCCCCUAUCCAGCUUCCCGGAGGAGAAUAUCAAGAUCAUGCCACUGCUUUAGGUCAAGCCGUAGCUAUGGAGAAUAUUCAGAAUCAACUCGAGAUCCAGAGCCAAUUAUUGGGACAACUCCAAAGCCAUAGCGGAAGAAUUGCAUUAAAUCCAGUGCAUGGAGGAAACCGUCGUAAUGUUUCUGCACCAAUCCAUGCCCACGAAAUACGCCCGGUAACUAGCGCUGAUAGCACGGAUUUCGCCCGUACCUCCAGCGAAGGUAUUGACCAAAAUGCAUAUGUAGGCCCUAUGGAUCGGAGCGGAGGCCAGCUCUCAUAUAUAUCUGAAAUUCAAGAGAAUGAUUCUGUGCAAACAUUCGAUGACUAUCCUAAAAUCAAUGCACGAUCAACAUCUCAUCAAAGAACUGAUGACGAUGCAGGUAGUGGACAUGGUGUAGCAUUCGCCCCUAAUCGACAGGGUUCUAGAGACCAGCAAGGCGAGAAUGGGCGUAUAAAUCGCGUGGCCUCACCUACACCCUCCAACAACUCGUCAAUCACAAAUACGCUGACGAAUAUACCGUCAUCACCGAACCAUUCUCGUCCAACAACGCUACACCAGCAAGCCUUCAGCAUGUUUGCGGAUAAUCUUGAGUUUGUCUCAAUUCUUGUAGUUGGCAGUAACAUCAGCACGAAUGACAGAGGUAGAGAACAGUUAACCUUUUUGAUAUCGAUUGGUCAAGAAGUGCAUGGCGAGCAAGAGGAUAGUAUGUUACCGCAUAAAGAAGACGAAGAGCUCUGGAGAGUUGAGAAGCAAUACUCUGAUUUCGUCAAUCUCGAUUCAAAGCUCCGCAUUACACAGUCCAGAAACAUUGUCAAUUCUUUGCCCAAACUACCUGAUAAAAGUCUUUUCAGUACGCAUGCACCAUCCAAAGUGGACGCACGCAAAAUAGCUCUCGAACAGUACUUGCAACAAGUGACAUCGCUUCGCAUUAAAGAUACACGUGAUCUUUGUGAAUUCCUUAGUACAAAUGUCGUGGAACGAGAAAAGAGGCAGGACACUAAAGGUUCCGGAUUUAAAGCUGGCUAUUUAACUAAACGUGGCAAGAAUUUUGGGGGCUGGAAGACACGAUACUUUGUUCUCCGUGGGCCCGCUCUUGAAUACUUUGACACUAAGGAUGGUCAUCACCUGGGAUCUAUCGCACUUACAAAUGCCCAAAUAGGACGCCAGCAAUCGCAAGAUAAAUUACAGGAAGGAGCAGGAGAGGGCGCAAAUGACCCUAAUUCCUAUAGGCACGCUUUCUUAAUUCUGGAGCCCAAGAAGGGACAAACUGUGGUCGAUGCCAAAAAGAAUCCAAACAGUGUCACUCGCCAUGUUCUAUGUGCCGAGACUGACGAGGAACGUGAUGACUGGGUGGAUGCACUGAUGAUAUAUGUAGGAAAGGAUCCUGCAGAGGCAUCUGAGAAUAUUGAGCGUGAGAAAGCUGGUAGAAAAAUACAUGAGAUUCAAAAGUUGAGUGCAACCCCGAUCAGAGAUCUACAGCCAGUAAAAGGGAAUGAGAAGCUCUUGCUAAAUCGGGAAGCGUACGAAAGACAGCAGCGUACUAUCCCCGCGUCUCAUUCUACGCAACUCCACUCACAAGGCCGCAAUGGAUCAAUAUCUCAGUCUCCUACCUUACCAAAUGCAAAUGUUGAGGAAAGGUUUUCUUCUGAGCGAUCUUCAGUAGAUGCUUUCUCAUCAAAUCAAAAAGGCAGUAACUCUCAACAGUCUCCGCCAUCAAGGAAUCCAUCAUCACAAUCGCUUCUGCAGGAAGAUCAUGUGCCUUCCAAGCCGUUAUCAGAAAAUCAGUCAAUCCCAGAAUCAUCCGAGAAGAAGCAAAAGUCAAGAAUGACAUUUUGGGCUAAAAAGAGCACGAAGGAGGAGCCAUUGCCACAGAUGCCAGUUAUAACUAAUCAAAAUGGCCCCCAAAUGCCAGGAUCAACUCUGUCAUCACAGGACUCUUCAAGGCUCAGAACGUUUCUGGGAAUGAGUGCUGGCAAUACCCCCAGCAAUGGUACCAGCAAUGGGGUUGGAAAUAUAAGCACGGUUCCAGCCCAGGCGACAGCACCCGGUCCUGGGUCACAGGCACCGCCAUUUACUUCUGAACGCCAAGUUUUUGGUGUAAGUUUGGAGCAAGCCAUCGAGCAGGCUCAAAUUCAACCUGGAUAUGAGCUCCCAGCAGUUGUGUAUCGAUGUAUCGAGUAUUUGAAUGCACAUAAAGCUCAAUUUGAGGAGGGCAUUUACCGGUUGAACGGCUCAGCAGCUGUGAUCAAGAGCCUAAAAGAGCGAUUUAAUCAGGAAGGUGAUGUGCCUCUUUUACAAGAAGAGGAAUAUUACGAUAUUCAUGCAGUAGCUGGCCUUUUGAAAUUGUUUCUACGAGAAUUACCAUCUUCAGUAUUGACUCGGGAAUUGCACAGAGACUUUCUUCAGGUCGUUGAACUUGCAAACAAAGCGGAUCGAGUUGAGGAGCUGACACGAUUAGUUGCAUCCCUUCCUGAAGCCAACUAUACACUUCUCCGCGCUUUGACGGCACAUCUGAUCGAGAUCGUGGAUAAUGCUGAUAUAAACAAAAUGACGGCUCGCAAUGUGGGUAUUGUCUUUUCACCAACGCUUGGGAUCCCUGCCGGGGUGUUUGCAUUGCUAAUGUCAAACUUUGAUCAAAUCUUUCAUACAAACGAUGGUCGAAUCAUGCCGCUCGAAAACAGCAUCAAUAAUAUGCAUCAGGAAUCACAAGAAAUUACAAGUUCAUCUUUAAUAUCUGAUAGUGGUGAUAUGAAUCAGGAACCAACUUCUAUAGCAACUUGAAAAAAAUACACCACAGCAUGUGUUAAAGUGUGACUCGGUAUUAAAUUGUAAAG